GUUGCCUUGUGUCUCCCUCAGGUUGUGAUGGCGGGCGCGGCGCUGCGUGUGUCGGGCGUGGGUGAGGGGUCUCGGGGGCGGCGUGCAGGGGCCAGCGGCAGGAAAAGUCAACAACAGAGGUCGUGGUGGCUGUACGUGUGCCUGAGUGUGGUGGUGUUCGUGUCUCAGGGAGCCCUGGGCGCCGCCGCCGGGGACCGCAGCAUCGUGAACGUAGGCGACUCCUCCCGGAUGACCCAGUGCCCGUCCGUACACGAGAUUGCCCCCUGCGCUUGCCGGGUCAUGACAAAAGGCAAGGAAUCCGGCCUGGACAUCGUAUGCGACAACGCCGACCAGAAACACGUGAGGAACGCUCUCGACGUGCUUAAGAAGAACCACAACACUAUCUACUGGAUGAAGUUCCGUAGCUGUAACCUGCAGAGGCUCUCCGACUACCUGUUCCUGGGCCUGGACGUGCGGCACCUCAACAUUAUCAGGAGUAACGUAAGCACCAUCGAGCGGUCAUCACUCUCGGCCCUCGGCAGUAACUUGCUCGCCCUCGACCUCUCCAACAACAAUAUUCGUACGGUGAGUAAAGUGUGACUCGUCCUGUGUGGG